AUGACUGAAGCAUCAAAUCAGGAGCCAAAUCCACAACAACCGAAUAAAUUAGAUCUUGUUAUUCCUGAUGGUGUUAAAGAAAUUAUUGAGCUUCAGAAUUCACUUCAAAAUCUCGAUGAUUUAACACUUGAUUCAACAAUUCUCAAGAUAAAAAAUAUAUUCAAAGAUUCCAAAUACUUCCAACCACUCGCACAAACCAUUAACUCAUAUGCAUUCAAUCGUUUUAAGCAACUUGAUAUCAUAUCUCAACUUGCGUAUCGUCUUGCCGUUGAAAUUCCCAAUUUUUCAUCAUAUAUUCUCCAAGCAAGUCAUGGCCUUCUAUUACGCAGGCUUUUUGAACGAAGUUUAUUUUCAAAUGAACAAAUUCAAGCAAAAUGCGAAAAAGAUGAAUACGACUACAUAUACUUUGUUCCAGAGCUAACAAUUCCUAAAUAUAUAUUGCAUGCUGCUUCUUUAGUUAACUUCGAAAAACUGAUGAAACAGUUUUCGCUGAACGACUUCCAGAAAUACAAAGAAUGGCUACAAUACGGAUUUGAUAGAGAUACUGUACAAACAUACAUUGAGCUUAAUGAUCAAAACGCUUUCCAAAAUUAUAUAAAUUCUUCAGAUUUCGAUAUACAACAGAUGUACACAGACACACCAUUUUGCCCAUUCACAGGCUACAAAGAAAACUUCUUUCCAGAGCGUCCUAAGUUUUCUUUACUUGCAAUUGCCGCAUUUUUCGGAAAUUACUCUUGUUUCAAGCAGCUUCUUAAGAUAAACCAAACCAUUACAGAAACAGUAUGUAAAUGUGCUGUCCGAGGCGGCAACAUCGAAAUUCUAGAGCUCUGCAAGCAACAUGGCGGCACAUUUGAAGGCUGUUUAGACAUAGCGGUCCAUUGUUACCAGAACCAUGUCUUUGACUGGCUCAUAUCCAAUGCCGAGGCCUAUACAGACAAAUUGCCAUCAUUAGAAGUGAUCGCCAAAUCUGGCAACCUCCUGACAGCGAUUUUGUUCCUUACGAGUGGCGGAAAUAUCAAAGACGGCGAAGAUCUGCCACGUCCUCCCAUCCACAGGGCUGCAGAGCGCGGCCACGACCUGAUGCUCCGGUUGCUAAUAGAAAACGGCGCAAAUCCGACCAUCAAAAACAAAUUUGGAGAUUUGAUCAUACACACAGCAGCACAGCUUGGCCGAACAGACACAGUUAAAUAUCUCAUUGAUAAGGGAUGUUCAGUGACAGAGUCAAAUCCAAAAGGAUGGACUCCACUUCACAAUGCAGCAAGGAAUGACAACACGGAAAUCAUCAAAAUGCUUGUGGAUCGAGGCGCUGAUGUGAAUGCGUUGACAAGCACUGGGCACAGCGUUUUCCACAUCGCUGUAUUGAACAACAACUUCAGAGUUGCACGGCUACUUCUUGAUUUGCACGCAGAUCCAAACACGAAAUCGAAUGAUGGCAAGGAAAGGUCUCCUUUGACAGUUGCUAUCUCCAAAUCGCAGGAAAAGCUCGCUCUGAGGAUGAUUGAACUUGGUGCGGAUGUGAACAUCAAAACUCUGGAUGGAAGAGCGACAUCACCGCUCGCUGUCGCUGUUUCGAAAGGUUUGACAAAGCUUGCAAUGAAAAUUGUUGAAAAAGGAGGCGAAGUAAACACAAGAGCAGAUCUUGUUUCUCCGUUAGCUCUGGCAACACAGCAAGGCAACCAAGAGUUGGUGCAAUUCUUGAAAGAUCAUGGUGCAUAUGAUGUACCUACAACAAAUCCAGACCAUUCGAUUGUUGUUCCUCCUUCAGAACAAGUUGUUUUGCAACAACCUUAUGAUGUGAAAGCGAAAGACUUUUUCGGAAGGACUCUUCUGUUGAAAGCAUGCGAAACAGGGCAGUUGGAUGUUGUUAAGCAACUUGUUAAAGAGUUCUCAAACAUCAAUGAGAAGGACUGCAACGGAACUACACCGCUCAUGACAGCAAUCCAGUCUAAACACGAAGAUGUCGCUAUUUAUCUGAUGUCUAGAGGAGCUGACGUGAAUUUGAAGAACAAACAAGAUAAAACUGCUUUGCACUUCGCAGCUGAACAGGAUAUGAUUAAAAUUGUGACAGAAUUAAAGAAGAGAGAUGCGUAUAUGAAUCCGGCUUCUAGUUUGAUAGGAACCCCUCUUUCUAUUGCGAAAUCUUCCGAAAUGAAGAAAUUAAUUACAAGAUAUGGUGGUGUUUAA